AUGUCUGAUGUAGACAUAGAAGACACCAUAAACAGAAUUAAAAAUCAUAAAUCAGUCUAAGGAAUUGUGAUUGUUAAUAGUGAAGGUGUUAUCACUAGAACUACUUACUUAAAUGAUAAAAAAGAUGAGGGUAAUUUCUCAUUAUUAAUUUAGGUGAUACAAUCGCCAAAUCUAUUCCUAUUUUUUGGCUUAAAAAGCAAGAUCUUUAGUUCGAGAUUUAGAUCCAACUAAUGAUCUAGCUUUCUUAAGAAUUAAAUCUAAAUUAAAUGAAAUUCUAAUAGCUCCUGAUAAAGAUCUUUUAUUAAUUGUUAUUUAAGGACCUAAAAAAUAAGGAGAAGAUGAUUAAUGAUGAAUUAGAUAAUUAAUUAAAUUAAUCUAACCUAAUCAAAAAUUUGUGCCUAGCAAUCAUAUAUUAUUACAUUACAGAACAACUAUAAUACUCAAAUGUUAUAUAUUCAUAAUGUUUAUCUAUUUUUUUAUAUCAAUAUUUGCCCAAACCAACACUUCAAUAAACGUGA